AUGGUUGAUUGUGGGGGGCGGCAACGACGAGGAGAGGAGGAAGACAGUGGAGUUCAUGAGGACGCAAACUCUGUUAAGCGGGCACCGAAGAAUUCGAACGCUCUUGUGUUGAGUUUGUUGAUGGACACUGUCAGGAUAAAAGCUCUUAGAUUGAGACGCUUAUAUUUGGUUGGUAGGGCAAACAUGAAUGGGUCUAAAUUGGGUAAAGAUUACCAAAACCUUCAAUUUGAGAGUUACAAGCCUACGAUACCAACGCGAAGCACGAAUGUGAAGGCUCAACUUCCUUUCACAAAACCCUUCAGCCAUUCACACUCUCAAUCUUUCAUCCCUCCAAUUUCUCACAAAAUCCUCUCUCUCGUCGGACUUCCAUCGACACAGAAAGUAAUCGAAGCAACUCUCCAACUUCUGAAGCCCAAACCAUUUGCUGGAGCUAAUGUGUUCGUCUCUCGUAAUCUUGUCGCUUCGGAGAUGUUCGAUCCUUUUCACGACGCUCUCAAGCAGAAUGGGGCUGAGGUUUUCCUCUGUUGCGAUCCCUCUCAAAACGCCCCUAACGACUAUCAUGUUAUCUCCUCCGCCGAUCACGCAAAGUUCGAGGAUCUUCGCGCCAAGGGAUGCAACUUGUUAGGUCCUCAGUGCGUGAUGUCAUGUGCAAAAGAGCACAGACCUCUUCCUCAACAGGGUUAUACUUGCUGCCUUGCCAUGGAUGGUGUGAAAAUCUUGGCAUCCGGUUUUCAGGAAGAUGAAAAGGUUGAGAUAGGGAAGUUAGUUAGUGCAAUGGGGGGAGUAUUGCAUACGAAAGCAUCACUAGAUGUCAGUUUUGUUAUCGCGAAGAAUGCUUUGGCUGCGAAAUACAAGUGGGCACUAAACAUUUCAAAGAAACCAAUCGUGUCAUUUUCUUGGUUACAACAAUGCUGGAUUGAACAUCGUGUUGUGCCUCAGGAGGGAUAUCGGGUCCUUCCAUUUUCUGGAUUGAAUAUUUCGGUAUCUGGAAUUCCUGCAGGUUGUGUUUUAUAAUAUUUUAUUUCUUCUUA